CAAGGACUACCAAAUUUUCAUUUUUUCUCUGACCAUAAAAAGGGGAUCCAAAGGAAACAAAGUCGGCCUCAUUAAUUUGGAAAAAUAAUUAAGCCUCAAAAAUGGUCCUUGGGCUAAGAAUUCCACGGCCUGGAGUUUACAAAGCAAGCCAGUGGCUACGAUUACGGGAUCCUAAAAAAGCUUAACCCAAGAGCAAGAAAGACAAAAAAAAAAAAAAACGGAAGAAAGGAACUGAAAUUCAAGGCUCAAGUACCUACUUUAGCUUUGCUGAUCGUAGAAGCAUUCGUUGGAUGCCGGAAUUCAAUCCGUGGAGAAAAACACAAUGGAUUAUUUGGGAAUUGAUUUCAGCUGCGCCAUCGGAUCUCUGCGACACGGCAAGUUCCCGGAGAAAGACUGCUUACUUCCCCUCAUCUCCAAACUCCUCGGCUAUUGCAUCGUCGCAGCAUCCACCACCGUUAAACUCCCCCAGAUACUAAAGAUUUUGAGGCAUAGAAGUGUUAGAGGGCUCAGUGUUGUGGCCUUUGAGCUUGAAGUGGUUGGUUAUACCAUUGCCUUGGCAUAUUGCCUUCACAAAGGACUGCCCUUUUCAGCAUAU